AUCAUGGCUGCGUACACGGUUCCUGCAGCUGCCAGAUUCUCAAUACAACUUUUACUGAAAGGUACUGUUCUGACUUCAAGGAGAAUUUUCCGAGGGUCAGCAUUUUGCACUGGAAAGGGUUACACAAGCCUGAGGACAUGCAGUUCAUCCGCACCACACAGCUCCUCUGAGCCUCCUGCAGCAGAAACGUGUUCCUUCAGUGGACACUAUGAUCUCCUAGUUCAGUGUGGCUCCCUGCAGGAAGAUAUUCAGCAGAGAAACGUCCUCCAGCAGCUUGCUCAGCUGCAGCACAACCUGAAGAAUUAUAAUAACAGCAUCUACUUGAACACACCCCCACCGAGGCUAAACUCAAAAGAUGACAACAGUCAAGAUCCCAACAUUACAGUACCUGAAAACAAUGAUGGUGGAUCCACUGCUAAGGAGGAACCCACUCCUCUCCCACCCAAAGGCUUUUACCUCUAUGGAGAUGUCGGCACAGGGAAGACCAUGCUCAUGGACAUGUUUUACUCCCGUGUGGAAAACACUCGUAAAAAGAGAGUCCACUUCAAUGGCUUCAUGCUGGACAUCCACAAAAGGAUUCAUCGGAGGAAACAAAGCCUGCCAAAACGAAGGCUAGGGAAAAUGUUCACCUAUGACCCCAUAUCACCGGUUGCCAUGGAGAUCAGCGACGAAACCUGCCUCUUGUGUUUUGACGAGUUUCAGGUGACCGACAUUGCUGAUGCCAUGAUCCUGAAGCAGCUGUUUGAGACGCUGUUCAAGACCGGAGUGGUGGUGGUGGCCACCUCCAACAGACCCCCUGACGAUCUGUACAAAAACGGACUUCAGAGGGACACCUUCCUACCUUUCAUCGACGUGCUGAAGGAUUACUGCCAUCCCAUCUGUCUAGACUCUGGGAUUGACUACAGGAGGCUGGACAAGGCUGCAGCAGGAAAACUCUACUACCUCACAGGGGAGCCUCGUGCGGAGUCCUCCUUGGAUGCGCUUUUUAAGGAGCUGGCCUUAAGUGAAAAGAGUGUUAUGGGUCCUCGGUUGCUCACAGUGCUGGGCAGAGACUUGACGAUGGAAAAGACCUGUGGUUCCAUCGCAGACUGUACUUUUGAUGAGUUGUGUGGCAGACCUCUGGGUGCCAGUGACUACCUGGAAAUGGCUCGGCUAUUUGACACCGUAUUCAUUCGCCAUGUUCCCAUGCUGACGCUGACCCUGAAGGACCAGGCCAGACGCUUCACCACCCUCAUAGACAACUUCUACGACAACAAGGUGAGAGUGGUAAUGCUGGCCGCUACUCCUUUAGAACAGCUGUUUGUCCACACAGGAGGGGAGGAUGAGAGGGACAGACAACUGCUGGAUGACCUGGGUCUCAGCGGGCAGGCAGCAGAGCACCUGACUCUGUUCACGGCCGAGGAGGAGAUCUUUGCCUUCCAGAGGACCGUCUCCAGACUGAUGGAGAUGCAAACGGAGUCAUACUGGAUAAACGGAGAUCGCAGUCGCAGCAAGAAAACAUGAACACCUCACAUCCUGCUGACUGCCACAUAAUCAUAUGUACCUCCAGACAACAAAGUACCUCUCUAACUACCGACACCACACAAGACAAGUUCCUAUUCGGCAGAAAUAGACAGAAAAAUAGUGAAAAGUGAAACAGUAAAUCACAGAACACCAAGCUAGAUACCAGUUUCCGAUUUUGGAUCUGACAUCCACUCGUCUUAUGGAUGUGCAUUGAACCAUUUUUCCUGUGCUGAGAGGUGUGCUCUCUCCCCCUUGUGGACUAUUUAUUUUUAAAGAAUAUUUACACCUCUCCAACAUUUGAGAACCACAAGGCAAACACUUCAGAAAGAGUCCCUCAGAGUAGUUGGCUGCCGCCCUCUAGUGGACAUAGUUGAAAAAAGGUUAAAUACACAAUCUCUGACUUUAAAUUGUAUGAAUGAUAUUGAUAUAUGUAUUAUGUAUCAAUAAAUACCAUGAGCUUUGCAGAUAAAAGUAGAACUGGUCUUAAUUUGGCCUCGUGUUAACAAGAUGCUUCACUACAGUUGCUAUUUCUAACACUGUGCAGCUUGGAAGGGGAAAUUCUUAUUAAAAGGUAAAGAGCAUACUACUGCAUUAUAACACUAAUAUAUUAAAAUUGUAAUCUCAAACAAUUUGCAUUCUUCGGUCCCGAUUUGUUCAGAAAUAGUGUCAUGCAUGUAUGAUUACAACAGUCGGAUUUGAGUUCACACUGACACCAAAAAGUGGGCUGAUUUUAAAAAAAAUUAAAAAACUUUAAAAAAAAACUGUUUACCUCAUUUUAAGGAUAAUGGGUAAUAUCACUUUUGUUGGAAAAACUAUCAACCUCUUUCUAGUUUUUCAUCUAUAUUUUAGGUAUCAUUUUUUUAAAACUGUGUUAUUCUCGAACUUCUUCCUGUGUGCCUUUAGGUGGCAGCAGAGGGCAACCAAUCACAACAAGGUUUGUUAUUGCGUCCAUGUAAAGAUGAGGUCAUUCUAGUGCACCACUCCAGCCUGGACAAGCCCAUCCUGACAAUACAGUCAGAACAGUGAGCAGUCCCUACAGUAUCCAGAACAAGUGUAUUAUAUUAGAUACUGCAUUUGUACCAGGCAGCAAAUGCACAAAAACACUAAAGUGAAUUUAAAAUCUUGAUAGAUAUAAUGGUGGGGGUUAAUGUCUGCAGGUGUGUGCAGGGUUGCAUGCACAUGACGUGUGUCAAUAAAAAGCACUUGAGUCUGUAGCAAGGCCCUCCCACCAUAACUCUCAAUUAAAGAAAAAUCAAUCACGCCCAUGCCAAGGCCCCUAAUCCAAUCAGAGCAUUACGCUGGUAGGGGGAAACAUCAGACACAAACAGAGAUGGCCACGGCGCGCUUUGUGAUUGUCUUAAUUGGAUAAAUCACGCUGGCUUAGAGGGGUCGCAGUCUCCAUCCAUCUGGACCACUGUAUUGAUACCCCAUGUUGCUGGAAGAAAGAUGGAAAACACUUCACCUUCAACCCCUUCUUUGUCUUAUUAGUACAAAUUGGAACAAAAAUGUAUAACAAUACCAAUCAUAUAUUUGUUAAUUUAGGGGGCUUUGGAUACAUCACAGGAUUUCCUAAAACGUGCCUUAAAUUUGAUGUCAUGUUUGAUAAUGUUGUGUUGCUCUUACUUGGUGAAAUGUGUCUUUGGUAAAGAAAUACAAUAAUAAUAAAUUGG